UGGUUUUUGGUCUGAUUCACUGUUUUCCCUACAAUUAAGAGGCAGGUUUUUUUCUUCGCGCCCGACGAAGAGGACCCGGGCGCUGACAAGUUAGAAGAAAUGGUUUCUGGCAGCUUUAAACUUUCAUUCCAUGUGUCCAAAACAUUCUAUGGGAGGCUGAUUGGCCCCAAGGGAUCGACCAAACGUCGCAUCGAGGAAGAAACACAAUCAAAAAUUUACUUUCCACGUCAGCACGAGGAGUCUUCAAAUGUGACCAUCAAGGCCAAGGAGCGCAAUCAGGUGUGUGCUGCGUUGCGCCAGAUACGCUCCCUUGUUGGCGCCAUUCGCAGGAAGAUCCCAAUACAUUUGCUGGUUGUUCCAUUGAACUUUGACGAAGUUCAGAAUCGCGUUUUGCAUUGGGUUCCUAUGUGCUGCUGCGAAUCCUGUCGCUCCAUCCUGGCAGAUCUAACUACUCCAUUCGAGAUCAAAGUCAAGGGUCUGGACAUCAGUGACAAUGAUCCAAGCUCCGCCCGUGUUGGGUACGGCUGCAUUGAGGCUCCUGAGUUGCAGAGGUUCGCCAACCGAUGCCUGUCACAUUUCCAAGCAACUGGACUUUCCGCAUCGGCUAAAAAGCUGCAUAUGGUCGUGCUGAAAAAUCACUAUCGCAUGACCGCAAUGAAUUGCCCCUUCGAUGCCCGCGAGAUACUUAAGCGAUUUGGGGACUUUGAUUUCGGAGCAGUCCAAUGUAGCACCGUGCACUUGGUGACGGUCGGACUGACACUUUCUACGCGAUCAGCGGAAGUCUGGAAUUCCCCCUUCCCCCUGUAAUGUGUAUUCUUUGAUAUCUAAUGAUAUUCUUUGUCGAUAACAUCAAUCACCAAUCAUAUCUACUAUGUAUGAUUAUCAUUUUAGUUUCGCCAUUCCCGCUCGUGCCGAAAUGCAUAAGCAAUGAGUGGUGUGGGGUACAGACCCAGGUGAAUUGUGUCGAGGCAAGCACAUUAUAUAAAACCUAUAACUGAUAUAAAUUGCUAUCCACUCGCUGAACUUCA